AGAUGUGCUUUGUUUGUGAUGGGUUAAAACAGCUGUAAUUGAAGAUGACAAGAUAGGGACAGUGUUUUAUUGUUACUACUCAACAUAGGCACCUAUUAAAUUGAGUCUCCCUUCAGGCAAACGCGGACCUACUACGUGUAUCUUUCGUGUUUUUCAGAUGGUGCACUUAAUAAGCAAACAUGUCCUUGGCUCAACGCGUUCUCCUCACCUGGCUCUUCACCCUGGUCUUUCUUAUCCUGCUGGUGUUAAAGCUGGAUGGGAAGGUUCAUUGGAACUGGUUUCUCAUCUUCCUCCCUGUGUGGCUCUUCGACCUCAUCCUUCUCCUCAUGCUGGCUGUAAAGGUAGUGGGGCGAUGCAGAGCUGUCCGGGACCUGCGUCACGGCGCUCCAGAUCUGCGCAAGAAGCUCUGGUAUCUCAUGGCGCUCCUGCUAAAGCUGGGCUUCUGUGUGUCACUGUGUGCUCGACUUCAGCAGCUCAUUAACUUGCGUCUGGUGUACAUUUGCAUCCCGUUCUGGGUCGUGCUGAGCGGAGCCAUGGUGGAGCUGGGUGCUAAUAUCUUUCCACAGCACAGGGUCUGAAGUCUGGUGUCGGUAAUCAACACAUGCUACAAGAACAGUAAGGGAAGGCGUGGUGCCAAUAUUUUUUCAAAACAGAGAAAGAAACUGGAUGAAACACAGAUUAAAUAAUAUUCAACAGAACAGAAAGAGCCAGGACUCUCUUGCAAUCGACGGUGCACAUUUGCACGGUAACUGACUUUUUUAAUCAGUACCACACCACAACAUUUCAACAUCUGUUGAUACUUUAAUAAACACCUAAAGCAGACUGUUGUACAAAGGAUAUCCAUAUGACUGUUUUCAUGGUUAAAUCCUUUGGUUAUCUCAGCCGUCAUAUGUUUCACAGUGAUAAAAAGAUAUAAGACUAUUGCACUGUGAGCAAUUUAUGCAAAAGCCUGGACAAAAAUAGAAUUAGAAUUCAGUAGAAUUCAGACCCCUUGACUUUUUUGCACUUCUCAUUAUGUUGUGGAUUUGAUUCUUUGCUAUUUUUUCAUUGCCAAAAUGAGAAAGUUAAAUGUUUUUAAAAAAUGAAUUAAAAAUGAAUUUAAUAAUUUGUAUAAUGUCAUUUGACAUUAAUUACAACUGAAAGUCUUCUUGGAUAUGUCUCUACAAGCCUCGCACAUCAGGAUUUGGGCAGUUUGUCUUUAUUGCAGAUCCAUCAGAUUUGAUGGUAAGAGUCUGUGAAGUGCCAUCUCCAGGUCUCUCCAUAGAUAUUUAGUGGUCUUUACAUCUGGGCUUGUUGAGCCACUCAAGGACAUUUAGAGACUUGCCCUGAAGCCACUUCAUUUUGACAAGGGGUCUGGAUUUAGAAUCCACAAUAGGUUACCUAUUUUACAAAUGUACAAAUGUUUGUUUUUGAAUGUACCAUUUUAGAAAAAGAUUAAACAAAAUGUAAAAAAAAAGCCAUGUGCAGUGAAAAUGUUAUGGCACAUUUAAUGAUUUUAAGCAUAAUUAAGUUGUUAAGAAUGUGUCAAUUUAUUUUUGGUGUCCAAAUUUUAGAACACAAAUGUACAUCCUGCAUUAUUCCUUUUCUCUGAUUUGGUAGGAAAAGCAACUGACUAUUACAUUUCCCUUCUCUAUAUGCUAGGUGUCCCGCAUUCAGACUAUAUUUAGUUUAGCGUAAAAACAGAGGUGUGUGGGAUUUACAGCACACUAGCAACUAACAGAGAAAUUAGUUGUGUGUGACUGUACUUUUCUGUUGCAGGAAGACAUGCAAUUCCACUCGUUUUAGCAAAAUUUACCAGACUAAUAAAGCACCAUGUGAAUAAUUUGCCAAUAAAGGAGUAUUCAUUUUUAUGUAGUGCUUUAUCCUGGUCAUGGUCACAUGGGUCUGCUGACAGGCUGCUAGACCCAGCACAGGCAACAUAUACAUUUACUCUCUUAUUCACACGUAUAUAAAAAGCAUGUCCCUUGACAUUUACAUGUUAUUUGCUUGGAUUGAGAUUUAUGUGCUAUAAAUAAAUAAUUGUAGCCAAAGAUGGUCAAACAUGGUCCAAAGUUUACAAACACACAUAGGGAACCUUUAUGUUACGGCAAAAUUGAUUGUGGGUUUUCUGAAACUAUGAUAAAAUCACCUAGGUCAAAAAUAUACAUACAUCUAGUAAUAGGUGUCCUUCUUUUCACCUUAGUCAGCCACUGUUGAUAGCCAUCAACAAGCUUUUGGCACAACUAAUUCUUUUUAACUUUGACCACUCUUCUUAGCUGAGUAUGUAGAGUUGAAUCAAAUUUGUUGAGUGUUUUUGCGUCAGACCUGACUGAGUCAGCUUUAGGCUUGUAUCUCAAAACAACAAUAAUUGUGAAAGCUGUGGUUAAAAGUUGUUUCAGUUGUUUGGUGAAGCAAAGUUGAGAACGUAAAAAAAGUUUAUGUGAUAUGUACUAUUUAGAAUCAUACUUACCUUCAUGCCUAACAGUGUGUACAGUGUUGCUUGGUUUAAAUACCUUAAUUUAAAUUUAAUUAUUUACAUGGACAAGUGAACUUAGGACAAAAAGUUGCAUGGAAGUGCCUUAAAGUGACAUCCCUGACUAUAAAAUAUAUGAUCUGCUUUAUGAGAUUUGUACAGAACUCUUUAGACUUUCCCAUGUGUAUACUUGUGGCUUAGUCUAUGGGUGCAAACACUAUCUAUGUAGUCUCAUGCAAAUUUAAGAUUCAAGAGGCUUCACUGUCAUAAUGAAAUGAGACAAGCGUUUAGGAUCAUGGUGCAACACAGAACACAAACAAUACAAUAUACACAUUGCAGAUGAAACAGUAUAAUAAAUACAAGGUACAAAAAGGUGAAGGAGACAGGACCAAAAUACAAGUGUGUUGUUGGCCAGUACAUGGUACUAAGUAAAUUCAUUCCUUUGUUUGUUUGUUUGUUUUUUUAUUAAAACUACGUGAACACAUUCUGUGUAUCACUAGUGUCCAAAUCUGGUGUCACUAGGGGUAGCCAACUACACUAACAAGGGCAUGCCACAAAGUUCAAUGACUUUAUAAAACUUCCUAAACCUAGAAUAAAUAAUACAUCUAAAAAUGAAUCUGAGUUGCUGUAUGUAUAUUUUUAAACUAAUGGAAUUAAUCAUAUUUUCAAAAAAGCCACCAUAAAUGUUUCUCUAUGAAAAUGCUAAAAAAAAAAAAAGAAUUAUAAGUAGUAGGCAUUUUUGGAGGUACAAAUUUGGUGCCGUAAUUCAUAGAAGUCCUAAAUUUGCACCUGAAAAGUAGCUGUUUGUAGUUUCCUGCAUCUUAGCUUCAUUGUAGAAAGAAAAAUAAUAUACAGAAAUAUUCUCACUUGCCAUAGUCAUUUUAGAACAAGCAGUAUCAACCUGUUUUCAGCCAGUGACUAUUUUAAGAGGUAAAAAUGUUUGUGACCCCACCCCAAAGCUUUUCAUUCUAGUGCAUUAUUGUAGUAAAUUCAAGUAAUGUUCCUGACUUAUGUUAUUAAUGGAUUAAAACUGGUGUAUUUUUUCACUUUUGGGGCUGUUGUGUUUCACCACAUAGAUCAGCAAGCUGAAGUUGUGGGUGUCUGAAAGGUAACAGUAACAGGUAGCAUAAAUCAACGUGGCUAAUUGUGUCUGGAGGAUUUAUUUAAAACACAAAAGCUGAAUUUUGCAGAGACCAGUUGUGAACCAUAUUUCAAAAAACAGUGUGGUGAGUAUAAUCAGUGCAAUAAGUAUAUUGUAGCAUUCACAACCACAAACCAUUCAAUCACUGCCUGAUUGUCUUACCUGACUCUUAUCCUGCCCAAAUACGUCUUUGCAUUGCACACAGCAGCCAAACUAAUGAAGCCAUUUCUAUAAUUACUGAAAGAUUAAACCAUCAUUAGUAGUAAAAUAGCUUACAAGUGUGUAUUUGCUCUUUGUCUUCUUGCUAGUUUCUUUGCAAACUGAGCCAGUUCUGGUGAAACUGUGACAGCUGAAACUUUCAAACAGUCUGUUUCUAAAUGUAAAAAAAAAUGAAAUACAAGACCUAUAUGAUUGCUUUCAUUAUUCUGUAAAAAAAUGCUGU